GGAUGUGACGUCUGCCGUCAGGUGCCAACGAGCGGCGAUCGCGCUCGUCGCCGUCUUCGUCGCCGUCAACGAUGUCCAGGGCGCCGUGUUCUCCGUGGGUCAUGCCAAUGCCAUUGGGCGUGCAGGAAACCUACGUUUCACCAACAUCAUGGCGGACGAUGUGAAGGGAUGGCGUUUCCAGGAGGGCUACUACGAGUGCAGAGAGAGGGGCUACUACUACGUCUCUUUUCACGGACUCUCCACGCACGCUGUUCCUACGACUCUGGUGCUGCGCAAAAACUCGGAGGAGGUGCUGGCAGGAUACGGCAGCGGCACUGACUACAGCACCGCCAGCAACUCCGGCAUCGUCUUGCUGGGACUGGGUGACAAACUAUCACUGCACGUGAUCACCGGCGACAUUCACGAGUCAGAGAACAGUCGGCGCAACUACGUCACUCUGAGCGGCUUCAAGGUCGCCGACAGCCCUGGAGGCCCGGUUGGCCCCCCCGGCGCAAUUGGCGCCGCUGGCUCACUGGGGGCCGGUGGCGCAGUGCGUCCCGUUUCCCCCGUUGGCCCCGUUGGCGUCCUAGGCCCUGGUGUGGGACCCAUUGUCGGGCUCGGAGGCUACCGUUCUUCCCUCGUCCCCCAGCGGGUAGCGUUAGCCAAUCGCGGAAGACUAAUUCGCUAGACCCUAAGCCCCGUGGUGCUUUAGCCCGAUGUACUUACCCUAAGACACGAACAUGGAUUGCUUGGAGACGCCUGCUGCCUCGUGGAGUUUGCGAAACUGCGUGUGUUGAACGGAAUCUAUUGCGUCACGCACGGCUUGGACAGUAUUUGCGCGUACUCCUACAUGGGCAGUACUCCCGAGCUCAACUCCAUCGCAGUUGUCAGGAGGGAAGUAAAACA